GCGCCUCCUCCUCCUCGCCCGCCAUGUCUCUGCUGCUGUUCACGGUGCUCUCCUCGCUGCUCGCCCUUGGCGCUCACGGCGACCCCGGCGCCCAGGCAUGGGGCUCCGGCGUCAAGUACGCCGUCAACUGUCCGGACAGGUGCGACGUGGAGCGCUGCGGUCCCACGCUCGGCUGCGCACGCACAGUGCUGGAUGACUGCGGCUGCUGCCGCGUGUGCACGGCCGGGCGAGGGGAGCACUGUUACCGCACUGUGUCCGGCAUGCACGGCGUCAAGUGCGGACCGGGCCUUUUCUGCGAGUUCUACAAGGACGAGGACGACUAUGGGGAUGAAUACGGCGUGUGCAAAGACUGCCAGUUUGGCACCUAUGGCAUGGAGUGCCGUAAAACGUGCAGCUGCAAAGGCAGCCUGUGUGACAGGGAGACAGGAGCUUGCCUCACCCUCCGGUUCUUUGCCAAAUUGGCCGGCAAGCUCAAGACGGAACCUCAAGAUGGAGAAGAGGGUUCGGGAGAGGUUCAGGACUCGGAUCAAGCGGCAGCAAAUAUUGCCGAUGCUUCCAAGGGGCUCAUCCCUCGCUGACCAGUGCAUUCAAUCAUUCACUCAAUCAGUCAGUCAGUGGAUAUGUAGCAUUAACUUAUAAAUGAACAGACAGGCCUUAUUUUAUUUUAUCUUCUUGACUGCAUGUUGAUUUUAUUUAUAUGGUUGAUCAUAUCACCUUUUUACUCUGGAUUUUCCAAAUGUAUAGUGUGCCUUCAAGUGACGGACUAGGAUGCAUCAUUUUUCAUGGUGUCGCUGUACUAUAAUCAGUCAUCCCUAUUGUAUUUGUACUGUAUAAAAGAUAUCAACAUGUAAAGACUGGUCUUACAAUUAAAUUCAAAAUGGUCAAA